CUCGUUUUAUCCAUAAUCAAAUAAGGAAUAACGUUAAUACAAUGCCUACCAGUCCUCAUGACACCCACAAUAGAGAUAGAUCCUAUGGUAUGCAACUAGAGUCUGAAAUAGAAAAUUCCGAAGAACCUUGCGAGGAACUGCCAGAAGGUUUUCGUUACGUUGCGGAUACGCGUCGACAGAGUGUAAACCCUGAAAAGUUCUUACAGGCCGGGCUGGAAAACACAUGCUACAACAUUCGUAAGAGAGGAUAUCUACCUAUUGAAAACUACGGUAUCAUUGGCAAUAUGAGAACUAUUGCAUUAAUCGGAACAGAUGCAUCCUGUGAUUAUUAUUGCUACCCAAAAUUCGACUCUCCCUCAAUUUUUUGCCGCGUUCUGGAUAAAAAUAAGGGUGGCCAUUUCUCCAUUUCGCCGUCCACACCUUACACAAGCAACAAGCAAAUGUAUUUACCCAAUACCAAUAUUCUAACCACUCGUUUUCUUUCCGACGAGGGCGUAGCAGAGAUUUCAGAUUAUAUGCACAUCCCUUUAAAGAGUCAGCGUGUCUCUACAAAACCGCUUCUUCCGUGGCUAAUUCGUAAAGUUCGUGUUAUUCGAGGUUCUGUAUCAUUCAAAAUGGAAUGCUAUCCAGCAUUCAAUUAUGCGCAAGAUAAGCAUACAACGGAAGUAAUAAAUGAACCAGUUUCCGUAGAUCAACAAACUAUUGCUGGCUUCGAAGCAAAAUUUUACCCUGAAGAGGAUUUGCAUUAUUAUGUGAGCAGCGAUCGUGUGAUUUUUAAAAGUAAAGAUUUGACAAUGGAUUUGCGUCACUUGGUGAAAUGCGGUGAGUUUGAAUGCCCGAUUGUCAAAGUUCAUCUCGAUAAGGAAGAUACUGCUCAUCUGGGACACGGUGCAUGGGCUGAAUUUGAUCUUAAAGAAGCCCAAGAAGUCGUGUUCGUUUUUCGUGAAGUUCCAUCCCCACUUGCCGAGGGUGUUGAAGAAAGUUUUAUAGAUCGUAGAUUGAGGCUUGCGACAGAUCCCCCAUUGACUAUGAGUCUUUUGGAAGCUCUUUUCAGACAGACCAGUACUUUUUGGUUAGACUGGGUCUCCCAAAGCACGUACAAGGGCCGUUGGAGAGAACAUGUUUUACGAAGUGCUCUGACUCUAAAAUUAUUGACUUAUGAACCGACGGGUGCAGUUGUUGCCGCGGCAACUUUUGGCUUUCCUGAAGCAAUUGGAGGGCCACGUAAUUGGGAUUAUCGCUAUGUCUGGGUUAGAGAUUCCUCAUUUACCAUUUAUGCUUUUCUUCGGUUGGGAUUCAGUCAUGAAGCGAAAGAGUUUAUGGGAUAUAUUCAAGACCGCUGUAAUGACUUGAAUGAGGAUGGGUCAUUAAAUAUAAUGUACAGCAUUGAUGGUGUGAAGCGACUAGAUGAAGUAGAUCUCAGUCAUUUGGAUGGUUAUCGUGACUCAAGACCUGUUCGUAUUGGAAACGGUGCUUAUGAUCAUCUUCAGCUUGAUAUUUAUGGUGAAUUAAUGGAUGGUAUAUAUCUAUACAAUAAAUAUGGUUCACCAAUUUCUUACGAUAUGUGGUGUUCCGUUCGCAAAUUGGCCGACUAUGUAUGUGCCAACUGGGAUGUACCAGAUAUGUCAAUUUGGGAAGUCAGAGGGCGCAAGCAACAAUUUACAUAUUCGCUAGUCAUGUGUUGGGUUGCAUUAGAUAGAGCUUUAAGACUAGCAGAAAAGCGAGUUUUUCCCUGUCCUCAGCGUGAAAAAUGGAUGUCGACUAGGGACACAAUUUAUGAACUGGUUCAGACCAAAUGCUAUAAUCAUGAGCUCAAAAUGUUUACACAGAGUGUUGAAUCACCAGAUGCACUAGACGCUAGCUGUCUUAUCAUGCCACUCGUUUUCUUUUCUUCGCCGACAGACCCAAGACUACUAAAUACUAUAAACCGAAUUUUGAUGCCUCCCGAGAAAGGAGGUCUUGUAGCAAAUGAUCUUGUGUUUAGGUACAAUUUUCUUACCACGGAUGAUGGCGUAGGCGGUUUGGAAGGGGCUUUUUCUAUGUGUACAUUUUGGUUGGUGGAGGCUUUAACAAGAGCAGGACAGUAUGACAAAAAGUUAUUAACUCGUGCAGUUGUCAUGUUUGAAAAAAUGCUGUCUUAUGGCAAUCAUCUCGGUUUAUUUUCGGAGGAAGUUGCCAGAUCGGGAGAGCUUUUGGGAAAUUUUCCUCAAGCAUUUACGCAUCUGUCAUUUAUUAGUGCUGCUUACAACUUGGAUCGUGUACUAUCGCAUUCAAAAGAAAAUCAGUAAAGUUAUUUAAUAAACUGAUAGGAUAGUUAAUUGAAAAUAAAUAAAGAGAUUGAAAUUUUACAUGUA